CUCCCGCCGAGCCCGCUGUUGCAGCUUGUUUGCACUGGGGCUUAUCCGGAGCGGAAAUUCCUUUCCGUUUUUGUGAAUGACAAACUCAUUAACAAUUCAUCAACACAACCUGUUCCAGCCGGCCCGUCCCCACGGCAACAGCCCCUUCCGCGGCGCGCUCAUUGGCUGGCCGAGAGAAUGUAUCCAUUGAGACGCUCGCUGUUUGUAUCCAUUGAGGAGCUGCCUCGCGCUGGGGGUGUGCUCGGGCUGAGUCCUAGGAACAAAUCCAGGCUUGAAUAAUCCGGGGAGAAAAGACAGCAGGGUAGAUUUGAGGUGCAACCUUGGAGGGAGGGGAUUAAGAGCCGCUUGGGUUUUUGUGGGUUGGUUUUUUUUUUUUUCCUUUCCCCCCCUUGCCUAGAGUCCGAAUUAAUUGGAUUUCAUUCACUGGGGGAGGAACAAAACUGGGCAGCUUCAUUGAGACACAUUCAUUGACUCCAAAGAGCGAACGGCUGCAGCCGGGCGCAUUGGGACCGACGGCUUCACGGGUGUCUCGCCUUCCCCAACCGCUUAGCCUCCGCUUGGGAAAGGCCAGGCGCUAUUAAAUCCCGCUCGGAGAGCGGCGGCUCGGUGCAGCAGCGCGCUCAGUCUAUGCCUGCCCGGAGGGGCGUCUGGUAGGCAAUCGGCCCUUCGUUCCGCAGCCUCGACCCCCAUGAUAGAUACGCUCAGACCCGUGCCCUUCGCGUCGGAAAUGGCGAUCAGCAAGACCGUGGCGUGGCUCAACGAGCAGCUGGAACUGGGCAACGAGCGGCUGCUGCUGAUGGACUGCCGACCACAGGAACUGUACGAGUCGUCGCACAUCGAGUCGGCCAUCAACGUGGCCAUCCCGGGCAUCAUGCUGCGGCGCCUGCAGAAGGGUAACCUGCCGGUGCGCGCGCUCUUCACGCGCGGCGAGGACCGGGACCGCUUUACCCGGCGCUGCGGCACCGACACGGUGGUGCUGUACGACGAGAGCAGCAGCGACUGGAACGAAAACACGAGCGGCGAGUCGGUGCUCGGGCUGCUGCUCAAGAAGCUCAAGGACGAGGGCUGCCGGGCAUUCUAUCUGGAAGGUGGCUUCAAUAAGUUCCAAGCCGAGUUUGCCCUGCACUGCGAGACCAAUCUAGACGGCUCCUGUAGCAGUAGCUCGCCUCCAUUGCCAGUGUUGGGGCUUGGGGGCCUGCGGAUCAGCUCCGACUCCUCCUCAGACAUCGAGUCUGACCUUGACCGAGACCCCAAUAGUGCAACGGACUCGGAUGGCAGCCCGCUGUCCAACAGCCAGCCUUCCUUCCCCGUGGAGAUCCUGCCCUUCUUGUACUUGGGUUGUGCCAAGGACUCUACCAACUUGGACGUGUUGGAGGAGUUCGGCAUCAAGUACAUCUUGAAUGUCACCCCCAAUUUGCCCAAUCUCUUUGAGAACGCAGGAGAGUUCAAAUACAAGCAAAUUCCGAUCUCGGAUCACUGGAGCCAAAACUUGUCCCAGUUUUUCCCUGAGGCCAUUUCUUUCAUAGAUGAAGCCCGGGGCAAGAACUGUGGUGUCUUGGUACAUUGCCUGGCCGGCAUCAGCCGCUCUGUCACGGUGACAGUGGCUUAUCUUAUGCAGAAGCUCAAUCUGUCCAUGAAUGAUGCUUAUGACAUUGUCAAGAUGAAGAAAUCCAACAUCUCCCCUAACUUCAACUUCAUGGGCCAGUUGCUAGACUUCGAGAGGACCCUGGGACUCAGCAGCCCCUGUGACAACCGGGUGCCAGCACAGCAGCUCUAUUUCACCACCCCUUCCAACCAGAAUGUGUACCAGGUGGACUCCCUGCAGUCCACGUGAAAGGCACCACACCUGUCCUUGCUGGGAGUUUCCAAUUCCUUCAGCAGUUUCUCUUGGCAGCACUAGCUGGGCUGCUUUCUUUGUGUGUGGCCCUAGGUGUCAAAAUGUCACCAGCUGUCUGUAUUAGACAGGGUUACCAAGUUGUGGAAUUGGUUAUUUACAAAGAGAGAUUUGCUCCAUUCUCUAUGGAAGAACAGGACAUGCUGCCUGGAUACAGACAGUAGGUUUGCUCUGCACCCAUGUGUAACUGCACCCAUGUGUACAGCCUACCCCAUGCUGGGACUGGAAUUCAGGACUUCCAGGUACAUAGGGUAGGACCAAAUGGGGUAGGUAGGGUUAGAGGCAUGUGUUCUUUAGGGCCUUGUAUGGCUGUUUUCCUUUUGCAUCUGGAAUUAACUAUUUUGUCUUCAGUGAAGACUGAUUCAACUUUGCAUAUAGUGGAGCCAAAGAGAGAUUUCAGCUCUGUAUUUGUAGUAUCAGUUUGGAAAGGAAAAACUGAUACUCCAUUUGAUUAUUGUAAAUAUUUGAUCUUCAAUCACUUGGCAGUAUUUGUUUGGAUUGUAGGGGUUUUGUUUUUUCUUUGAUAGAGUUAAAAGAAAUCCAAAGGGAGAAAGAGCAGUAUGCCACAUGUUAAAACAAAAAGAAGGGGAAGAAAAGUAAUUUUCUUUUGGCUCUUUUCUAAUCCAAAGGGUUACUUGCAAGCAUGCACGACUUAUACCAGUUCUGAGGACAUUUUCAUGGACACUAUUAUCACUAAGACCUUGUUAUGGUGCAGUCUAAAGUCUUUUCAUAUAUAUGAAGUCUGAUCAUUGUGAUUUUUUUUUUUUCUCUUAAUGUAGUUUGACUAUGCCUUACCUUUGUAAUAUACUCUGACUUGUGUUGUCUCAAUCAAAAGGGGUUAUCUGGGAAAGACACCAAAAUCAUGGGCUCACUUUUUUUUUUUAACUUCAGCUGUGCUAAACAGUAUAUUACCUCUGUACAAAAAUUCUUCAGGGAGUGUCAUCUCAAAUGCAAUACUUUGGGUUGGUUCCUUUCCUUCUUUGAAAGAAUUUGUAUAAAACUGGAAGUGUGUGUUGAGAGCAUGGGUAUCCAUUUGCUAGGUGGAAUGCAUCUGAUUGUGAAUAAGAGAGUUGCUCCAUAUGUUCGUGGUGUAAAGUUUUGAGCUGGAAUUUAUUAUGAGAAUGUAAAACCUUAAAUUAUUAAUAAAUAACUAUUUUGGCUAUUAA